AUGGUGUGCAUCAUUAUCUGCAAGCAAUCCAAUAUCUCCUAUCCGUUGUUUAACAUUUACGGUCCCAGUAAAACGGAGGAAAAACUUAAAGUUUGGAAUGAGGUCUUCAAUCAAGCUAGCCAAUUGGAUUGUCGUAAGGUCAUUGCUGCUAGUGACUUCAAUGCUCUUUUGGACAUUGAUGAGAAGGUGGGAGGUCUCCAGAAGCCCUCAAAAGUGAUGGAUGAUUUUCAAGAAUUUGUAUCUAAUUGCAAACUAAUAGAUAUCAUAGCAAAGAAUGGAAGAUUCACUUGGACCAACAGAAGAUUAAAUUUUGCCAGCAUAUCAGAAAGGCUUGAUCGCUUCCUGGUGGGGGAAUGGUGGAUUAAUGGUGACUACUCUCUAGAAACUGAAAUUGUGCCCCAAAUCAAAUCAGAUCAUCUACCACUGUCAUUAUCCAUUGCACGGGAAAAUCAGAAUCAUAAGAACUAUUUUAAAUUCUUGAGCAUGUGGUGGAGGGAUGAAACAUUCCUUGUCAAUCUGAAAAAUUGGUGGCAGGAAGGCAACAUAUACUCUGGCUACCCUAGCUUUAAGUUUAUCAAAAGAAUUCAAUUCCUGAAAAACAAAAUUAAGGACUGGAAUAAGAACUCAUUCAAAAAUAUUUUUGUUGAGAAAGGUAGAAUCGAGGAAAAGCUAGAAGAGAUUGGUAAUAAGGUAAUGCAAUUUGGCAUAACCAAUGUGGAGUUCGAAUUAGAGAAAUCACUGAAAACACAGUAUUUGGAAAUUUUGAAGAGGGAAGAACUAUAUUGGAAAGACAAAUCCAGGGGACGGCUUAAACAUCACACACUAAUCCUUUGA